AUGUCUGGAUCAUCUCAAUCCUCACCUAAUCCCUUCCCGCCACAGCCAGUCGAAUCCAAAGACAUUAUCGUGGACCACUCAAAGUCCACAUGGAUGCGUCUCUACGUCCCCACUACCGCACUAAACGGCGGCGUUGCAUCUAAAAAACUCCCUCUCGUUGUCUACUUCCACGCUGGAGGUUUCACCACCGGCAGCGUCGACUGUCCACUCUUCAACGCCAGCUGCAUCCUUAUCGCGCUUAAGAUCAACGUGGUCGUUGCGUCACCUUCGUACCGGAUAGCUCCUCAGAACAAACUCCCGGCGGCUUACGAAGACGGGGUGGAGGCGGUUGAGUGGAUAAAAAACAACUCGGAAGAAGACGAGUGGCUCAAAUCUUGCGCCGAUCUUUCUAACGUGUUCCUCAUGGGGAUAGGAGCCGGUGGUAACGUGGCUUACAACGUCGGGCUUAGAUUCGCCGAGGAAGUUCUAACUCCGUUAAGUAUCCGUGGGUUGAUCUUAGACUAUCCCUUAUUCAGCGGCGAAGAGCUGUUCCCGUCUGAGCUUGGACACGUGGAUGUCACAGACUGGAAGUUUUGUCUCCCUGACGGAGCUGACCGAGAUCAUGAGUAUUCGAAUCCGAUGGUGGGAGCUGGACCGGAUAAUAUGGAGAAAAUCAAACGGUCGGGAUGGAAGGUGAUGGUGAUUGGAGGACGUGCGUUGAUAGAUAGGCAUAGAGAUGUGGCGAAGUUGUUGAAGGAGAAGGGAGUUGAUGUGGUGGAGCGUUUUAACGGCGAAGAUGCGUUUGCUUCCGUCAGAAGUAUCAUUUACUCUUCUGCACCGUAA